UUUCUAUUUUGUUUGAGAGAUUCAGAGCGGGAACAAAGAAGGAGGAGCCCCGAAAAUCCCCAUCACUCAAUCGAUCGACUCACUCCUAACUCAAACCUCGAACGGGGAUGCUCUCGCGAUUCCGGCGGCGGAGUGGCUCAGCGUCGUCGUCGUCGUCGUCUGCGGCUACUGCGCCUGGACCGGCCGCCAGAGCAGCAGCAGCAGCAACAGCAGCAGCAACACCAGCAGCAGAGGCACCCGCAUUAGAUCCGUCGUCGGCGUCGGCGGUUGCUCAUGACGAUGACGGUCGCUCCAACGCGUCUCAGCCGGUGCCCUCGUCCCAGCCGCAGCCGCCGCCGCAGCAGCCACACGCAAGCCCAGUGCCGCUGCAGCCAUCAGAGCACCCCUCAUCAGCCGCCACACUGCUGCAGAACACUGCAACGACAGCCGCCAACUACAAUAAAUCUUUGCCCCCUGCCCGCGGACGAAGCUCAACUGGCGGGAAGGAAAGCGGAAAGUUGAGGACGCCUGCCAGUGCGCCCGGAGCAUCGACGGCGACAGAGUACACGCCCCCUGUAAUGCGACAACGGAGUCGCAGCUUUUACGACCUGGUUACCCCGUCGUCCGGUCGAUCUGGCAGCCGAGACAUGUCUGCAACCACUUCCACCAGCUCGUUGCUCAUGUAUGACUCGACUGACUCGUCGACAGCGUCGUCCAUCGUUCGAGAGACAACUAGCAUGCUGCAGGAGGUGGACUCUGCCACUGGGCGCAAAAUGCUCAACGAGUACGUUGUCUUGUCCGGCCUUGGGCGCGGAUCGUUUGGUAAAGUCAAGCUUGUCACCCACCGCGAGACAAAUCAGCAGUUUGCGCUAAAGAUGUGCAACAAGCAGCGCCUGCGCAAUCAUCGACGAAGCCUACAGGGACCAGCCUUCAUGGCGGCGACCUGUGGGUUGGGAAAUGCGUCGCCGAGCAACUCUUCUCCGCGUUCCAGCUGGCUGCAACGCGCGAACGAUAAUGCGAGUGACAUUUUAAUCAAUGGUGGCGGCAAUCGCUUUCCAUCAGCCGCUGGCACGGAGACUAGCUUUGCUGCACAGCUACUCGCACACGCGACUCUGGCUGUCGGUUCGCCCAGUCAUGCCCCGCCAAAAUCACCAUCGCACGACUCGGGUGCUGUUCCUUCUGCCUCUUCUGCUGCAUUUGCUGGCGGUGGUAGUGGCGGGCAAAACUCGUUCGUGACCACAACCGCGGCCGCAGAUGGUGUCCUGCCCAACGGUAUUCCCAUCGCUUUGCUGACACGAUCGCCGUCUCAGCAACGCUCUCUCUAUCACCGCGCCGCAUCGCUGUCAACCACCUCCAACUCGAGUACCUCGCGCAAUUCUGGUGAUUUCUCGAACACCAACUUUUCGAGUACACCGACGCCGCCUCCAACCGCUGCCGGUGCUUCUCAGACAUUGCCGUCUAUCGUUGCUUCAAGCGCAGCUGCUGCAGCUGCAACUCCACCACCAACCGCACCGGCGUCUUGUCCACCCGGUUUGUCAGCUGGCGGUCGAGUGGCUCGAGCACAGUUGACCCCGACCCACCUCGACGCGUUCGAUCCCGUUCACCAAGAGAUUGCUGUCAUGAAGCGACUGUUGCACCCAUGCCUGGUUCGGCUCUUUGAGGUGAUUGAUGACCCCGAGAACAAUUUCAUCUGUCUGGUGCUCGAGUACGUUCCUGGCGGCUCGCUGCAAGACAUGCUGCGCCGUGUGCCAGACCGACCGCUUGUGCUGGAGCGUGCGCGCUCCAUCUUUCGCGAUGUGCUGCAGGGAAUGCAGUACUUGCACUACCACCGUAUCAUCCAUCGCGACAUCAAGCCGGACAAUUUGCUGUUGACGCUGGAAGGCCGAGUGAAAAUCACCGACUUUGGCGUGUCCCGCAUCGUCAAUCCGACCAGCAACGUCAUGCGAGAUACUGCUGGCACUCCCGCCUUCCAUGCACCCGAGAUGACCACAGGAGCCAUGUUUGACGGAUUCCGGUGCGACAUCUGGGCACUCGGCUGUGUGUUGCACGUCAUGACCACUGGCCAUGUUCCCUUCACGGGCGACUCACUGUUCAAGCUGUACGAAAACAUUCAAACACAAGAGCUGCCGCCCUUCCCCGACACAGUGGUCCUUUCUCGUCGCGUCCUCGAGUUUGCCAAUCCUCACGACACGAGCGAACUCGCGCCACAGCAAUCUCCACAACAACGAGCACAAUCGCCAGCACCGGUGCAGUCGUCGCUGCAAGUGCCUCAAGAGCAACAUCGACCGCACUCGCCGCCGGCUCUCGCCAAGGUUGGCCGGUCGUACUCGUCCGCUUCCAAACGACCCGUCAAAGCUGCUAAAGCCGUGGAAGUCACACCGACUCCGCUGGUUGUGGAUGAUACCUUUGCUGAGACGCCACCCGAGCUCAGAGACUUGAUUACACGACUCUUGUCCAAAGAUCCCGAUCAACGCCCCACCGCCUCCGAGGCCCUCGAAGAUCCUUGGGUGACCGAUCAUGGCGUUUGGCAAGUUGAGCCGGAAGCGCAAAUCAAGCCCUUCGACCCGCCCGCGUUCGAAAUUUCCCCGGAAGAGGUCUCGCGAGCCGUAACGCGCCGAGGAGUGCUCCUGACCAAGAUGAAAAAGUUUCGCGACCGCGUCAUGCGCCGUUCUGCAUCCGAGUAUACACGGCGCUCUGGCGGCGGCGACACCACCGUCUCGCACAGUCCGUCCUCUGGGUCUGUCUUUGGGUCGAACGUUCGGUUGAGCUGAGGCGCCAAUCCAGCCUUUUUUUUUUUGCUUUUUGGAUCUGUUCUUUUUUGCUUUUGUUUUUAGGAUUGUUGUCUUUUUGUUUCUUGUCUUCAUUUACGGUUUGUCUUUUUUUGUCCAAGCUCAG